GUUUCAGAAGCUAUUAGGGCUGAUAUACGGGAUAUACCCCCCUUAAUCCUUUUAUAUAUCCCUCUUAAUUUCUACAAACCCCUUAUAUCCCCUCUCUUAACCCCCAAAUCCGCUUUAUUCCUCACAAUCCUCCGAUAUCCCUCCUAAUCACUAAACCGCCUGAUAUCUCUUUUUUAUCACCCCACCCCUCCAAAUCCCCAAAAUUCCACUAAAUUUUUAUCUGCAAAAAUUUAUUUUAAGCAAUAUAUGAAAGCCUGUGCUAGUGGUGAUGUUGAAGCAUUAAAAGGAGCAAUGGCUGGGUUUAAUUCUCGAUGUAAAUAUUUGAUGCCGUUUAUUAGUAAAAAUCAAGGUAUUCGUUUAAUGAGUCAAUUCAAAGAAGAGGCUAGAGCUAUGGGUGUUGAUUUACCUGAAGUAAUGACUGAAUUAAAUGAAGAAACUGGGAAACCAACUUUUUGUAAAAUUUUUGAUGAAAAAUGUAAUAGUGAACGUGUUAAUCAAUUUUUGGAAAAGGUUUUUUUAAUAAAUAAUUUUUGGCUCUCGUCUAGUUUAUAA